AUGGCGAGCAGAAACUAUGGCGAAGACAUGAUCCCUCCGCCUCAGGCCGUUUCGUACGACUUCAGCGAUGGCGGCGCCUACGAAGAUCUCUACACCCAAAACAACCCCUACGCUGGCAGCUACGCGGCCCAGCCGGCCCAGCCGCAGCAGCAGCAGCCGAACUACGACUACAACAACCCGAUGCCCGACUUUGAAGAGGAUCGGUUUCCCGGCCAGAGGGACAACUACACGGAUCUCGAGAGCGAGAUCGGCGGCAACGUCAUGGCGCCCUCGUCCAGCUCGGGCACGCCGCUGCCGACUACGGACGGAGAGGGCAAGCCGUACCGCAUCUGGCACGUCGAGUACUACUCCAAGUACUUUGACGUCGACACCACCGAGGUGGGCGCCCGGAUCAUUCGCAGCCUCGUCCCCUUCUCCUACAAAUUCAUGGACUCGGUCGCCCACAACCCCGACCUCUGGGGUCCGUUCUGGAUCGCGACAACGCUGAUCUUCGCCAUCGCCGCCGCCAGCAACUUUGCCUCGUGGCUCGACAACAAGGAGGCCUUUUCCUAUGAUUUCGAAACGGUGUCUGUCGGCGCGGGCACGAUCUACGGCUAUGUGAGCCUGGCGCCCAUCAUCCUGUGGGCCAUCUUCAAGUGGCUGGAGAUUCCCGUCACGCUCCUCCAGAACGUGUGCAUCUACGGCUACUCCCUCUUCGUCUUCCUUCCCGUCGCCGGCUUGUGCAUUCUGCCGUUCGAGUGGUUGCGCUGGACGCUCAUCUGCUCGGCCGCUGCACUCUCGAUCACCUUCCUCCUCAUGAACUUUAGCGCGCCCAUUGCCCAGAACAAGUACGAGGGUCCUCGGAAGCCGAUGAUCGUGGCCGGACUGCUGACGGUCAUCGGCCUCGCUCACUUUGGUCUGGCGCUGGCCUUCAAGCUCUACUUCUUCAACUACGUCGAGUAA